AUGCCAACCUCUCUCUCUGUGUGCGUGUGUAUGUGUGUGUAUGUGCGUGUCCCCCACCCGCAGCAUCUCUUGGGUGACAUUAUCGACAUCGGGAGAUCGGCAGUCAGCCGGUCCAGUCGAAUCCUCGGUACCGACUGGCUGGGCCGCCAAAAGACGCCUCCCUGCCAAUGCAUCUUGGUGCCCCCCCCCUUUGGCUCCCCCUCACCUUUCCGUGGUGCGUCUAUCCUGUGUCCCACCCCCUUUUACCCUCUUAUGCUGCCUCAGUGGAGGAGGGAGGAAAGGGAGAAGGGCGAGCGGACGAAUGAGAACAACAGUAAACUCCCCGAGGCCAAGAACAUGAUGGGAGGAUGGGGGGGGGUGGGGGGGGGGUCGACCAAUGGUGCGCCGCCUGUUGCCGCUGCAAAGAACGGCGACGACGACAACCUUAUGAGCACUGGCAACGGAUAA